AUGGGAUUUCAUAUACAACGAUAUAUUGCUAUGAUGGGUAGAGGCAUAAAUCCCAAAACAUGGAAAAAAUUAUGGGUUGAUAGUAAAAAUAAACAAAUAAUUCAUGUAUACAAUGAUGUAGCCGAAUUUAUGAAUAAUCAAAUAGCUCAAGUUGUACGCGUGUACCAGUACAGAUAUUGGUGGUGGGCUAACCCUUUUGGUAUGGGAUUAAUUUUUUACCUUGGAUAUAAAACUUGGUAUAUGGUUUACAUAAAUCAUAAACAAAGGAAAGUUGCACAAGUAGUUGCUUCUGCUUAUGGACAAGGAGGACAGUGGCUCAAUCCAGUACCCAAAUAA